AUGUCAGAAGAUGAAUUAAAUUAUAUAACUACAAAAACAACUUCAAGGUAAAAUAAAAAGAGAAGACAAUAAAAAUUACCACCAUAAUCCCUAUAUGAUAUGUUUCCUUCAUUUGAUAAAGAAUUAAUUGAAUAAUGUUAUAAAUCAGAAAAAGCAAAUAUUCAAAAUACUGUAUAAAAGUUGUUGGAAUUAUAAGGUGAGCCAGAAGUACUUGAAAAUGUUGUGGAUAUAUAAGAUGAUGAUAUCUAAAAGUACAUAAAAGAAUUUGAAAAAUUAGAAAACUAUGAAAAUUAUGAAUAAUUAAAUGAAGGCUUUAUUUUUGAAGAAAAAUCAGAAGAAUAUAAUACAUUAAAAGCUGAAGUUUCAAUGAUUUGGUUAGAUGAACCAGAAUUAAAAGAUGUACUCAAUUCAUAUGAUAAAUUUUAUGAAGAAACAAAAAAUGAAGAUAAUAGUAAUAGUAAUAAUAAUAAUAAUAAUAAUAACAUUUAUCUCGAUCUACUAGGAGUUGAUAUCAAUCAAAUACCACCUGAAUUUAUAAAUAACAUUCAAUCAUAUAUGCAUUAAUUAAUAAACUAAUAGCAGAAUUAAAUUUAAAAUGAUUAUAAUGAAUUUCCAAUUCUGAUUCCUCCAGAUGAAGGUUAAAAAAUUCAAUUAAAAAAAAAUGAAGAUAUUUUAUCUUAAUAAAUGAAAAUUUCAAAUUAUGGUAAUCCUUAGAAUCUAAGAAAGUAUAUAAAUUCAUGGACAUAAUAAUAAUAAUAAUAAUAACAAUAAUAAUAAUCAAAAUCAGAUUCAUCUUCUCUUUUACAAAAAUUAUGUGAAGAAUUUCCUUUCUUUUCUUAUUCAAAAAUUAAAUUUGCAUUAGAAUAAUUGGGUUCUUAUGAUUAUUGUAAAGGCUUCCUUACAAAGUAUUACAAUGAUGAAUAUUAUCCAAAAAUUAUAUAAAGACCUAAAAUAGUUGUGUAACAAGACAAUCAAACUCAAUUUAAAUAAUAUACUAUAAGUGAGAAAUAUAAAAAUCUAUCUGCAAAUGAACUUAGAUAAUUAUUUACUAAUAAUAGAUAGAAAAUAAAAGAAUUAAGAAACAAUUCUCAAGUUGUAAAUAAAUGUGCAGGUAUUGAAUAUAAAUAUAUAUACAGGGAAAUAUGGUAAUGUUGCUAUGGGAGUCAAAUUAAAUCAUUUUUAUUAAACUUAAUAUGAGAAAAUACAAUAAUUAGAAUAUGAAGGUAUAAAAUUAUUUGUUGCCCUUAUUGUUGCAGAAUAAUCAUUUACAAAAAUAGAUUUACAUGGAAUAUAUGGAGGAGAAGUAGAAGAAUUAUUGGAUGAAUUGAUAGAAUAGAUAAAAAUAUAUAAAACAAGAUUGAAAAAAAUAAAUAUUGAUGUAGAAUUUAUUGUGGGCAGAGGUAAUAAUAUAUAAUAUAUUUAGGUUUACAUUCUAAAAAUAAAGUACCUGUUAUAGGACCUAUAGCACUUUAAUAUUUUAGAUCUUGCAAUUAUUAGAUUGUUGGAUAAUAUGAGGGAAGAAUGAUUGUUAAAAUAUGA